AUGCGCCAGGUUGUGACGGGCUGCGCGGCGCAGGACAGAGACUCAAUAUUUUCUCACGAACCACUGGCUGGCCUCUGCUACUCUAGGCACAUCGUAAUGAGCAAAUCGGCUCCUGGGCUGUGCAGUCAGCAGAACGUGAGAUUCCCAUCAAUAGAGAAUGAGUACGUGCCAGAAGGGACCAACAUCAAUAAGGGGUUCGAACCUGCCUCUUUGGAUAGAAUUGAAAGCCGUGUACCUAUGUUGAACGACUUGGGACGCACCGUAUUCUCUGACUGUGCAAAAGGUUAUAUUACUCCUGUUCUGCUUCGCGCCUCAGAGCACGUCGUGUCCUUGGCGGGGUCGCGCGGCUGGGUGUCGCGCGUUGCGCAGGUCUGGGCCACGACGCGGGGCGGCGCGACGUGCGCCUUCAGACCUUCAGCCAUGGGCCAUCGCGUGGCGCUGCGCACGCCGUCGGCUCGCGUGCUGCACACCGCCUUCGCCACGUCAGCGGCGGCAGCGAGCACACUGGCCUAA